GAUAUACUUCCCACCAAACAUUAUCAGAUUUCAGAAAUACCUUCGAUUAAAAAAUUUCAUUACUCAGCCCUCUUGAAUCCCCUAGAAUUCGAAUCAUUUUCUAUCGGGCUUUUAAAGUUCUUUCUAUUUUUAAAGUCGAGAGGAACUGUUUUGAAUACUCGGGGAUUCAGAGGUUUGUUCUUUUUUGUUUAGUUUCCGAAAAUGCAAUCACACCGGAAGAGAAUUCACAGUUCCCGCGAAUAGUUUUCAUCCAUUGCAUCGCAUUCCUUACUCGUUGUAUCUAUCUUUGCAUAGAAUUUGUCUCCGUAUGCUGCCUGAAUAAACUUAGAACUUUAUUUCAAUCCAUUGGCAAACCCAUCAACACAGAACAGAAAAGUGCUUUGUCAUAACUGCCUCUAUAGUUUUCAUCUGAACAUCAAGAUUCACGACUUAAGAUUUUCCAGUGUCCCGAUGUUAAGUAUUAUGUUGAGCUCCCUGAAUUUUGCCUCCGUUGAAUCAAAACAGUUGCAUUGGAUGUAUGGUCAGGUGAGGUGACGAAAGUUUGAAGAAGAAAUUCUAGAAGAAUCUCUUGUUUUCCAUAUAGAUUGAAUCGCCAAGCAGAAUGGCUCUGCUGGUGAUUUUCACCUGUUUCACCACAUUUCAAAGAGACCUUAUUAGGAAAAAUAGAGAUGGACUCAUCCUAUUUUUAGUGACGUUAGUGUUCGCCGCAUACUUGUCCAUGGGUGGCGCCAUUUUCAAAAUAAUUGAAGGUCCCCAAGAGGACAAUGUUGCUGCUUUGAAGAUUCUAGGUAACUUGAAGACUAGAUACCCAAGCAUUACUGAUGAAGCCAUAAAUGAUUUGUUUCAUCAGCUGUCGGCAACUGGAAUAAAAGGGCUUCCAGACGGCAACCAGAAGCCCAAGUGGACAUUCGGAAAUGCAUUCCUUUAUAGUAUUACUCUCCUAACAACAAUCGGUUACGGUCAUUUGUCUCCCCUCACAGCAGUAGGAAAGAUAGUGACAAUGGUGUACACAGCAGUUGGUAUACCAGUGACAUUAUGCGUUAUGUCACUCUACGUAUGCCGCCUCAUGUCGAUCGCGGCCUCCUACAAAGCCUCGCUGUUUCGAAAGCUGAAAGGCCCUCUCACUCCAGUACAGAUCAAUUUCAUUCACAUCAGCACUAUUAUGACUUUAAUACUGUUUGGAUGUUUCUUGAUCCCGGCAGUCAUCUUCGAUGCUUUGGAGGAUUCGUGGAACUUUUUGGAUUCACUCUAUUACUGCUUCAUUUCCCUGACAACAGUGGGUUUAGGGGACUAUGUACCCGGACAAGACACCCAGAGUGAGCUCUACAGAAUUGGAUCAGGAAUAUACAUUCUGUUUGGAGUCAUUGUGAUGAUGUUCAUGUUGGCCCUGUCGUCCGACUUCUACAAACAUUGCUACGAAGAGGUAACUUUACCUGUCACCAUACAUCAUACUGAAGAAGUUUCUAUCCACAAAUCAAAACUUCCAUCCUAUGGUGCAGUAGGGUUACUACAGUCAGUCAAUGAAGAAUACCUGAGAGCAAUACCUGAAGAGCAGCAGAGACUACUACAACCAUGAUGCUCGUACCAUUGAUUUUGACGUUGAAUAACUCGAAUCUUCAUGUACUAGGAUUCUAUCUUAUAGGCUUAAGCAGGUGACCUCAAAUAUGCUAAUUAAUUAGGUGCUGUAGCCACAAUCAAGGAAACAUGAACACCAAUAGUUUUAUUAAGAGGGUGGUCUAAAGUUUGGACCCCUCAAUGUUACUUUUACUUUUGGAGAACUUUAACAUAUCUCGAAAAUUUUUUCAGAGAAUCAAAAAAUUGUUGCGCGAAGUUAUAAAAUUCGUUUAUCCAAAGAAAUCUCCUAUAAAUUUAAAGGUUAGAAAUCCUUAACCAUUAAAAAAAAGUCUUGAUAAGUUAACUAGAGUUUUUUUCUUUUUGUUGUCUGAUUUAAGUAAUUUAAAAUAUCACCUGCACAAAUUAAUUAGCAUAUUUGAGAUCAUAGAAGAUUGAGUUUUAGAACGUAUGAUCAUUAAGUCAUUCAAGAUGAUUCCUUUUUUUUUUCUUUCUGCGUACUGUACAUCGUUUGCCCGAAAAGUAAUGUCGUAGAGUUGAUUAAAAAAUAUGUAUUGAUCUAAUAGGUUCAUUCAUCAUAAAUCAUUUCUAGCAAGCUUACUUAGGCACUCUAGUAAGCCUUUUUCAGAAUGUUAUUUAAAGAUUUGGUGCAAGCCUCUCUUCGCCAAUUGUUCCGAAAUGAUACCCUUUCAUGGGAGUAUUCAAAUGCGCCGGAGACAAGAAGAGAGAUCUGCACAUCAGAACUUUUGAGUGUUUGGGAAACCAUCUUUGGAUCAGUCAGGAAGUGGAUCACGAAACGGAAAGAGUGGAAAUGCCUGUGAUUGCGGUUAUGGUGAUGUUUUGAAUAAUCUGCGAGGUCUGGUUCAGACUUUUUGGAAUGCUUAUUGUCUGUUCCUUUAAACAAGCGCUUAAACGAUGGUUGGUAAGAGUUCUGGAAUUCAGUUUGUCGGUCGUAGUCAGCCUUUGAGAAUUGAAAGACUUUGCAAAAAAUGCCUAUUGCCACCAGUAGGCCCCUUUACCAAUUACAACCAGUCGGAGUAAGCUAGCAGGUGCAUAAGCUUCACAAUAAAAUCAGUGCACACACCUAAAUUUUUAUUUUUAAUAUCAUUUCAAGCUUAUUUGAAAAUAAAUUCCUUAUUGAUGUGCGUUAAUAAUUUGUAUUAUAGAAUGUGGCUUAUGUAAAAUAAAAAAAUACUCUUGAAAUUGUGUUAUUUAUUGAGAACGUCAUGCGUUCAUAUUUUGGAUCAUCACAUAAACAGUUUUCCUAACAUAAUAAACUAACAGAUUUUUGGUCA